GCAAAGGGUGUGUCUUGUGUCUGGUGGUGAAGUUGGUUUUUUAAAAAAAAAUCCCCAUCUUGAUGCAAAUCCCUCUCUGCUCUGAUUUGUGCAAAAUCAAGUCUUCACAUGGAGCUUGUUUGAACGCCGGCCUGCAAAUCAUCAGGCUGUCAGCGUCGCAGAUGCUCGGCGAAUGGCUGGGAUUUUACGCUACUCGCUUGAGGAGCGACUCCAACUUUUGCACAACCUUCCCGGCCUGCUUUUUGUCUUUUGACGAGAUGAGCCGAGAGCCUCGGCGUGGACGUAAAGCCCGAUUGCCCGAGUUUCUAUCCCGGCGGAGCAACCCGAUAUCUUAUCGGCGAGAUGACCAAGUUCAGGGCCCGCACGCCGUCUCCUCCUCCUCCUCCUCCUCCUCAACCCGCUACUGGACGUGGGAUCAAUGGAAUACCAUCGGGAUCAGAGGGGGCCGGCACCCGCCCACCCCGCUCGCUCGUGGGCCGCGUGAUUGGACGUCGUUGACCACCGCUGAGGCUUUCAUGCAAAUUGAUGAAGGUUCAAUCUUCCCUUUCCUGAUGCCUUCCUCCCAGCGGAGGUGUGAGUGGAGAAGCGCAGCGCCGGCCGGCCGCACGCACGUUCCACACGGCUGCAUCCCAAAGAGCUGCGGGUGGGACGAGGACGAACGACAAUGUGAGCCGGCGAGCGGGGAGAGAUGGAUGGAGGAGACGGCGGAGGGAGGGGCCGGUGGGGGUGAAGGCGUCUCGUGCUGCCCCAGAAAAGAGGAAGCCAUGUGUGAAGAAAACAGCCAGCCAGCCAGCCAGCCAGCCCCCGGGCCCUCCUCAGCAUCAGAUGUCAGCCUCCUGGAAUCAAACGUCCCGGAGCCACGAACCCUCCCUGACCCGGCAGCGAGAGGCCCCGCCACGUCGUACGGGCCCCCCCGCCCCGAAAGCCCGCAUCACCUCCGAUUGCCUUGACAGACGCCAGACAGACAGCAAUGUAUCCAAGGGGGAUGUGUUUCUCUCGCUCGGUCUUGAAGUUCAGAACAAAGAAUGGUGUUGCCGCCGACUUCAAGGCAGUGUGACGUUAUAGCCGACAGCUGCCUCCACUUCACAGGGAGAGUCGGGGGGCUGGGGGGGUAAUCUGGAAUGACAGUAUGGCUGCAACACUCACCCUGACAUAUUAUCUAUAUCUACUUUCAGCUUUUUUUUCUUGUUUAAAAUGACUUAGUGACAAAAGAGACGGAGAGGUUGCGCAAGACAACCACUAGCUUAACGCUAACACGCGAGGCAAAACCGCAUAGCCGGGCUAACAAAUGGCAUUGAUAGCUGUUGGGUCUGUAUCCUUUAAACAACGGCUACACAAACCGCGCAUGUAGACAGAUGAUAAAACAAUACGUGCAGGCAUAUAUUCUUUAUCCUCGAUGAAAAACGACUCGCAUGACAGAAUCGUACAAUUGUUUACUUUCCUGACAUUAAGCUGAGUGUUAAUGUUCAAUCUGUGCUUCAUGUUAAAGUAGGCUACGUAUUUAUGAGUUACCAAAAGUACCAUCAGUGAUACACAAAUGAAAAUAAAAUAGUCCAGCUGCAUUUAAUGUAUAACUUUACAUUUAAUCAUUUGGAAGUGUUUGUUUUGAAAUGUUUUUUUCGGUCAGUUGUGUUGUACUAUCAUCAAUGGUUCGCUUCAGUUGUUUUUAACUUUUGGGUCAUUUUCUGAUAUUUAGGGACAAUGUUAAUGUUUAAACUGCCUAAUAUUAAACUACUAUAGUCUUUUUUUCCUCACUUUAAUUUUCCUAAACUGUAUUUAAAAUUAGCACGGUAACUGUGCUUAAUGUUCCAGUGGUUGGAAAUAAUUUCGGUAAGACUUUGGGUCAAGUACACUUAAAUCCA